AUGCUGCUCUCCCUCGACCAAUUCUCCGCCUCCAACGCUGCAGAUUGUUCAUUCGACGACAGCCUCCCUUACGAUUCUCCUCACCAGCAGCAGGAGAGCUUCUCGGCUUAUUCCUCCUACCAUCACCACUCGAACAGCAAUAGUAAUAACGAUAAUACUAUCACCGGCUCCGCCAGCGGGAGAAACACCGGCGCCCACAGCACCAGAAUCAACAACCAAUACAACAGGGGCGGCGAGAAUACCCGGUAUCGAUCUCACACCCUCUCCUCUUCUGUCUCGUCGGACGUGGAGACAUACACUCAGCACGGCGAGGGCCACCGUCUCCAAACCAACCACUGGUCAAACAGCAGAGGAUAUCGCAGCAAUAGUAAUCCGAGCAAGCAGCCCACGAUUCGGCACGUCGAUGGUGGCUCUGAGGCAGAACGGUCGAGCUAUAGGAGUAAAGUGUACGAUUCUCAGCGAGCAGUUGGCUCCAAUGACCGUUCUCAGGGUCGGACAACCCCUCGCUUUGUAAGGAGAGAGAGCACCGGGAGCGCCUCAUCUAGCGUUGACCUUAACGAGAUGCUUGCUACCACGUCUCUCUAUGGAACACGAAGAUCGGCCAGCUUUGACUACGGUUCUACCUUGCCGUCACGAGCCAAUGGGAGAGACACUUCCUUUGGUCACCGUGAUACCAUGAUGCAGUACGAUGAUAUGAACGCUGCCCCGACCCCGACGGUCCUGCUAGGGCCUAGGAAAGAAUUCGCUCCGCCGGUCUUGCCUGAUCAUGCCAGCAUCGUUCAUUCUUCCACUCCUCCGGACACCGCCUCCCGAACCCCGACUUUGGCUCACAAGAAUAGCACAAGGUCCGCGCGAAGCAUGUACUCCAGGAAGAACAAGAGCGACACCUUGGGGACUUCGACAAUCAGAGGUCGAAGUGACGAGUAUAAUAAAUAUUUCGGAGACUCGCAAGAUCAGAUUCCUCCUGUGCCCACUUUGAAUCAGCCAUCGGCUCCCAGUCCUACCAUAGCGCGCUCAAAGCAACCACUUCCCACCAAUUUCCCCGUUGAAAGCCUCAACACACCUCCAUCGAAGGAGCGUCAGGGAUUUUUCAGACGGGUCUUUGGCUCUUCCAGACAAUCUUCCCCCUCGCAACAGCCCGACCUGAGCCCUCACUCGACCCGGGAUAACGAGAGCGAUCCCUCCAAGCAGGAUAACGCUUCAAAUCAGCCGAGACCCUACAGACCGUCACGCCUUCCAAGCGAUCCCUCGACAGUCACCAAUUCCAAUUCCACGAUGCGCGAGAACCCGCCAGUGGUAACGAAGAAGCCCUCGUCAUUUUUCCGGCGUCGCAAGAAGUCCGUGGUUGAAAACACGCCUCCACCCAUGCUCCCACUCUCAAAUCUAAGCUCUACAGACGUGUCUAAACCCGAAUCCCAGGGCCCCGAGAAAUUGAGGAUCAGUACCGCAACGGAUUCUAUCCGCACAGACAGUCUCAGCAAGGCUAUGAAACCGUACCUGUCAGACAUGGAUUCUCCCAAACAGUCGCCCAAGAAUUCGCCCAGAGAAUCACCGAAACCCUCCAGCCGCGGCGGUCGCAAGUCACGAGACCGGCAAGAAACCGAUGAGUCUGAUAUGGGAUCUCCUCGUAAAAGAGAAAAGCCCCGGGUCAAGGAAGCUGAAAUCGAAUCUGCUAAGAAACUUCAAAAACUGGGCUAUUUACCUAGCUCCAAGCACCGUCGAACUACAGGUGCAUCAAAGACAAAAUCUAGCUCGAGGUCCCACUCACGGGCCACCAAUUAUGACGGCUCAUUCCUGGCAGACAGCAGCGGAAAUGAAGGGUUGAGCUCAAGACAAUCCGGAGACAAGCGAUCGCGCAGACCGCAAACAAGUCCCGACCCUCCAGCUCAACAAUCCGAUCAUUCUACUCCAGGACCCAAGCAUGAUGCCGUUCUCUCGGACCGGGUAAAUGGCGGGAAAUCCCAGAGCGGUGACCCGAAUUCUAGCUCCUUAUUGGAACCAGCUCCCUCUUCAGCACAUUCGAAGAACAACCAGCAGACCUCAGCUCCCGCCAGCCCGAGAAGCAUGCAGUUUGAGCCCACUCCCUCCAGACAGAAACAAUCAGGUCUCCAUAUCGAUACUUCUGGGAAAACCGUAUUUACGACAGAGAAGGAUAAAUCUCCUAGAAUAUCAACAUCAACAUCCAUCACAUCUAACUACCACACUGCCCAGAGCACCCCUGUUCCUAGCAGUGACGAGAAUCUCGCCUGGGGAAGUACAGCUAUGGCACCACUGCAGGGCAGUGCGGACGCAGCUGGCGAUGGGCUAGAUGAAAACACCCCCAGUCCUGAAGAGAGACAGCAGGCUCAGAAGAUAUUUGACAAUAACGAUGAGGAGUUGGCCGCUGGGAAAUACACGGCUGCCUGGUUGGGAACACCGGACAGAUCGAUGCUUCGAAAGGCGUAUAUGGAUCUCUUCGACUGGUCAGACAUGAAUAUACUCUCGUCAUUGAGAAGUUUAUGCACCAAGAUUGCAUUGAAGGGCGAGGCACAGCAAGUGGACAGAGUGCUGGAUGCAUUCUCAUGCAGAUGGUGCGAAUGUAAUCCAAACCAUGGAUUCAAAGCAACCGAUGAAGUUGUGUGUAUGCCAGAGGCUAAUGAUAAUAAUACUGCAGAUGUCGUCCAUACUAUAUCCUACUCCUUACUACUUCUCAAUACUGAUCUUCAUCUUGCCGAUAUUGACCAAAAGAUGACCAAGCCCCAGUUUAUUAAAAACACGAUGCCUACCAUUCAACGAGUUGUAAUUGAAGCUGCUCCGGAAGCAUUCAGUACAGCUCAGCCAUCAAAACCUCAACCUAAGCAGGCUGCUGAACCAGAGAGAGCAGGCCAUACGAAAACUUCUCCAGUACCUCCUCUAGAGAAGCCGCCUAUCCACUCACCCACGGCAGCUGAGAAGUCAGAUGAACCACCAACUAUCGAUAUCCCCAUCAUUGAGCAUCCUAACGUACCGCCUCCCCGUCUGUCAAGCCGUGCCUCGUUUCUAGAUACAGGUCAUGGCAUGCAGUCCCUGGCUGGCCCGCUGGUUUCAACACCAUUUAACGGGACGAUGAAGGCAUGGGAGGCUCAGAUCGAGACCGUACUCAAGGACUACUACAUCUCUAUCCAUAAACAGAAACUCCCUCUUAGAGGUGUCACUACGGGGAGUGAUGAGCAUAUCUCUGCGCCUGGCGGGUUCCUUACGCUUACUCAUAACAUGCUCCGACGGACUCCAAGCACGAUCAGUCGAACCGGUGCAGCAGAGACGUACCGUGGACGAGGCGCUGAAAACCGUCUAAAUGCGGCCCGAUGGUCUUCAAAGGCAAGAUCUCGCCCCCGUCUUUACCCACCAUCUGCCAUGGGUUCGAGCCGUACAAGCUUAGACGACCAGUCGUUUGUCUGGUCGCCAUCUGGUUCGAGCACCUGGAGUAAGAACUCUCUUGGAAAGACCUUGACUUCGAUGUCGGUUGACUCUCUGGGGUCCGAGUAUCCUCGCGGUGACUACCAGCAAUCCAUUGGGUUUGCAAACGCUUUGAGCCAUGCUAUCAUCCGUGAGGAUUCAACCCAUUCAAUAGCCGCCUCAGAAGACCCUGCACGAGUUGCAAUGGUUCUUGAAGACGAGAGCCUCGAGCUUGCUGGUGCUCCAUGGGCAAAGGAAGGAAGCCUGAAGCACAAACACCAUCUUGACUCAAUCGACAAACGGGCCAAGGACAGGAAUUGGAACGAGACCUUUGCCGUCAUCCAACGAGGCUGGAUGCGUCUUUUCUCCUUCAAUUCCAACAAUAAAUCGAGUCUGAAGCCCAAGCAACGCCAGAACGGAGGAAUAGUAGUCGGAGGCGGCAACUGGAUGGAAAACGCGGACGAGACCUGGAAGUUCCUCCUCCGACAUACCAUUGCCAGCGCCCUUCCGGCUCCCGGUUACUCCAAGUCACGCCCUCACGUAUGGGCUCUCAGCCUGCCCACUGGUGCCGUGCACUUAUUCCAAGUCGGCACGGCAGACAUCGUGAAGGAGUUCGUCUCGACGGCCAACUACUGGAGUGCCCGGCUGUCCAAGGGUCCUCUCUUUGGCGCUGUCAGCAACAUCGAGUACGGCUGGAGUGACGCCGUCAUCAACAAUGCCGUCUCCAGCAUCGACGACUCCAAUCUCCCGAGCAGCGCUCCAUCUUCCAGCGGCUCGGCUCAUCUUCCCCGACCCAGCCUGCAGAGCUCCAUCCGCAGCUCAAUUGAUCAGCAAAGCGUCCGUCCUCGCCUGCCAGCCGACCGGAUCAUGCUCAGCGACUGGCGGCCGCCUCAGCAAAGCAUGAUGGCGUCCACCUCCUCCGAAGCGGAACAGCUGGAGACGCUCCGCAGCUACGUGAAGCAUGUGGAGCAGGAACUCCAGCGCCACAACGAGCUACGUCCUGCUCUCAUGCUUGCCUUCACGCCGAAACACGCAAACUACUCCAAGGCUCUGCAUAACUGGGAACGCAAGUCGUCGUAUCUUCUCCGAGAGAUAGUCAAGUUCCGCACCUACAUUGACAGCCUGGUGUGGGCAGAGACGAUGAGGCAGCGGAUCUACCACCAGGCCGAUGCAGUCAAGGAGAAAGAGCUGAACGCCGGCAGUAACCAAGAUCCUGUCGAGGCUUGA